AGCGGCUGAGGCUGUGCAGCGACGGACCGGAGCAGUUUGGGGAGCACACCGGGCGAAAAUGGCGGAGAGGCAGGAGGCUCUGAGGGAGUUCGUGGCGGUGACGGGUACCGAGGACGACCGGGCUCGCUUCUUCCUGGAGUCGGCCGGCUGGGAUCUGCAGAUCGCCCUGGCGAGCUUUUAUGAGGACGGAGGGGACGAGGACAUUGUGACCAUUUCGCAGGCAACCCCCAGUUCAGUAUCCAGAGGCACAGUCUCCAGCGAUAACAGGGUAACAUCCUUCAAAGACCUCAUUCAUGACCAAGAUGAAGAUGAGGAAGAGGAAGAGGGCCAGAGGUUUUAUGCCGGAGGCUCGGAGAGAAGUGGACAACAGAUUGUUGGUCCUCCCAGGAAGAGAAGUCCCAAUGAGCUGGUGGAUGAUCUGUUUAAAGGUGCCAAGGAACAUGGAGCUGUAGCUGUGGAGCAGAUGACCAGGAGCCCUGGAGAGACCAGUAAACCAAAACCAUUUGCUGGGGGUGGCUACCGCCUUGGGGCAGCACCAGAGGAAGAGUCUGCUUACGUAGCAGGAGAAAGGAGGCGGCAUUCCAGUCAAGAUGUUCAUAUAGUGUUGAAGCUCUGGAAGAGUGGAUUCAGCCUGGACAAUGGUGAACUCAGAAGCUACCAAGACCCAUCUAAUGCCCAGUUUCUGGAGUCAAUCCGCAGAGGGGAGGUGCCAGCAGAGCUGCGGAGGUUAGCUCAUGGUGGACAGGUGAAUUUGGACAUGGAGGACCAUCGAGAUGAGGACUUUGUGAAGCCCAAAGGAGCCUUCAAAGCCUUCACUGGCGAGGGUCAGAAACUGGGCAGUGUCCUGACAGGAUCCUCUCUCCUCAGCACUGCACCCCAGGUAUUGAAUACCGUCUUUCCAGCCCAGCAAGCAGAAAAUGAAGCCAAAGCCAGCUCUUCCAUCUCCAUCGACGAGUCACAGCCUACCACAAACAUCCAAAUACGGCUUGCUGAUGGCGGAAGGCUGGUGCAGAAAUUUAAUCACAGCCACAGGAUCAGUGACAUCCGACUCUUCAUUGUGGACGCCCGGCCGGCCAUGGCCGCCACCAGCUUUGUCCUCAUGACUACUUUCCCGAACAAAGAGCUGGCUGAUGAGAACCAGACCCUUAAGGAAGCCAACCUGCUCAACGCCGUCAUCGUGCAACGAUUAACAUAACCACCCGGCCCUGCCAGGUGGCCUCACCUUCCUGUGUUUCCCAUGGCCAGCUGCCCCGUGGAGACUGCCCCUCCCGCCCCCUCUUGAACACCCAGCAGUCCAGUGCCGUCUCCUCCGUAGCUCUGGGUUCUUAGAUCUCCGGUGGACAUUUGUUUUCUCCUUAGUUGCAUUUCCUGGGGUUUUGUGACGAUCAAUGGACUUUAAAGAAAAAAAAUAAAAACAACUAAAAAAAUGGAA